UAAAAGCAGAAGCUAUUUUAGUUGCAUGUGAAAUACAUGGACAAGGUUGGAAACACGCCUUGGUCUUUGUUUUCUUCUCCACGGAUGUCAUGUAAGGAGCAGUAGCAGAAGCAAACAAAUAAGAACCCAAGGAUUGUUUCCGGGGUCCAUUCCUAUGUUCUCCUCUCUUGGUUUUGUCCGCUCCUCUUGUCCGGAACCUCACGUCAGAUUCCGGCUGCCUGCGUCAGCUUCCCGGUGUACUCAUUUUGAAGUCUCAGUCUCACACUUGCUUUUUAUUUGUUUGUUCUAAUUUUUGGUUGAAGUAUCCCUGAUUGGUUACUGGGAAAGAAAAAGAAAAAGGAAGGGAUGAGAGGAAAGCUGGAGAAGUAUGAUUUUUGGGUUUUGUUUUUGUCUGGUGGGUGAUAGAUGUCAAACCAGAUUGAGCUGUUUUUUUUGUUCAGUGUUGUAACUUUCUUUUAGGGUCUGUUUGUUUCCUGAGAAAAUUCUUAAAAAGGAGGUAAAUUUUUGAAUCCUAUGCUCCCUUAAGUCCAAUUUUAGUUCAAUUUGGUGAUUUUGUUUUCUGGGGUCUUGACUGAUUUGAGAAAGAAGCCAAAAUUCACAAAGUUCUGAUCUUUUAGGGAAAUUUAAUGCUCCAUACCCUUUUGUUUCCCUUGUUGUAAAUGGAAAUCUUAGCUAAGCUAACUUUCAGGUCUAAUUCAGUACAUAUUUGUUGGGGUCUCACUACCUCCAGUUCCUCCACUCUCCUCUUCUUUACUCUUACUAAUCUGUAGUACAUUGAUAUGAUUUUAGUUUUGAUUUUGCCUCUUUUUUCUCUUCUUUUCUUGGCAACUAAACAGACCUUAGGACCUUACUAUGGAAUAUCCAGCUAAGGCAAAUGGGUAAAGAAUAUUUAUUGUUGUUCUUUCUUCAGGAAUCUGGAGAUGGUAUUGGAAAUCCAUGUCAUUAUGGAUAUUCUCUGCAAAUGCCCGAUUCAACCUUUUCCUUUUUAUUACCAUUAUUGUUAAAGUCUUAGAUUCUUACCUUUCUGACUCAGAACACGUCUUUUCUUGUCUAACACCAUCACUAAAACUUCAACUUGCCU